GAACCGGUCAUUCAAUGUGCACGUCGUGUUUGUACGCUCAACAUCAAGACUGACGUAUUGUACAAACCUCGCCACAGUACAACGACGCUUGUUAGUUGCGCUAUCGCGGUUCACGUAUGUUUUUCUCGGACUUCGGUUGUUCGUUCCGAUUUCGUUAUUGUAACACCGAUCAACGACUCAUACGAAUGUUUCCAUGAUUUGUUUUGGAUUUCGAUUGAUCGUUCAUAUAACAAGUGCGAACGUGCGUCCCGGACGCAUAUAACUCUAUAGUAACGUUUUAAAAAUAAUUAAAUACAGUCCACCCGUGUCCGAUUUAACCGGAUUUCGAAUUCCAGUGCAACAAAUGGGCGAAAUCAGCGGAUCGUGUUCGAAGUGCGUGUUCGACCGGUUACCGCCGGAAAUGAUCCGUUUCAUAUUCCGGAAGCAGUCCACCGACGACCUGCUGCAGGCGUCCGCGACCACUGAUCGGUUGCACCGGGUCGCGCAGCACCACAUGUAUCUGUCGGAGGGCGCGCUGUUGAUGCGCGGCGGCCAGGACACGGCGGCCACGGUGACGCGGACGUACGACGUGCGCAACGUGACGUCGCUGUACCUGGUGGACGUGUUCGACUUCGACCGGGACGUGCCGCGACAGUUCUGGCCGCACCGGGAUGGCAGCAUCUUUGAGCGGGCGGACGACAGCGACGAAGAGGACACCGACGACCGCGACGACCGGCACGGUGGCGAGGGCGACGGCCGACCGGUGCCGUUGGAGGUGUUGCACGUGGGCUACGCGAAACCCGUGGCCUACGGUGACCUGAUGUCCGGUGGCCUGCGGCGGCUGUUGCGCAGCGUGCGCGCCAAACGGUUGUGCUUCAGCAACGUGCUGAUGGCCGCCGACGAUGUGGCUGACGUGGUGUCGGCCACACUCGAGGCCGGCGGCCACGACGAGUGGCCACCAGUGCUCCGGUGCUCGCACGACCGGGCCGACGACGCGCAAGUGCUCGAUCUGUUGGAUGUGGUCGAGUGCACGUGCGCCGGUCUGCUGGCCGAGUUCCGUGUGACGGUCCGCCGGCCCGCACCCCGCUCGUACGCCGUCUACCCGAUGUCCUCCCUGGCCACGGCGGCCAACGACGACGAGGAACUGGACGCGGCGGCCGCUGAGGCCGCGGCCGCCGUCAACGCGGAACUGCCCGAGGACCUGCUGGCGCUGAUCGCUGCCGAUUGUUCCGGGCUCGGCGCGUCCGCGUACCGACGGCUGGUGACCGCUUGCCGGCAGCUGCGUAAGCUGAGCAUGAGGGCCGCGCGACAAGUGGACGACGAGGGCUUCGAGGCCGUGGCCGGCAUGCCGACCCUCCAACACCUGGACAUGGACGGCAUGGUUAACGUCACUUCAGACGGUCUGCUCAACGGUCUCCAGAAAGCCAACGGACUGCAAACACUGGGCCUGAGCGAGUGCCCGUAUGUAACGGACGAUGUGCUGCGCAGGGUGGGUGAACUGCGGCAGCUGCACCGGCUCCGAUUGGACCUGACCGAAUGCGAUAAGACAACGGCGGCCGGCGUGCUGGACAUGUUGACCGGUUGCGAACGGUUGCAGGAAUUGCACCUGACACUACCGCUGAACGCGGACUACGUGAACGCGGCCGCGGGCGCCGCGUCCCUACCGCAGCUCCGAGUGUUCCGGCUCGAGUUCGAGCGGCUCUCGUUCCAAGACCACCUGGACAACCAGCCGGCCGACGGCGACUGGCAGCGGACGCUCACCACCCGUUUCCGCGACGACGUGGACAUCCAGGUGUGGCAGACAUACACCAAGAUCUCUGUGUCCGUCGACUGAUGUGUACACGUGUUGGCCGGCCGGCCACCGGUCCGUGUGGCCGUGAUGCACGGACGUGUCACGGAUUCGUUCGACUACCGGACGGCGUUUUCGUACGACCCACAUAAUGUUUACCCGGUGAAACGAUAAUGGAAUAUUACUCUAUCGAUCGAUAUCCCAAUGAUCAUCGAUUCGACGGCAUAGAAGUAAUUAGGCAUCUUAACUAUCACGUCGGUCGUGGAUCCAUUCGUCAUACGAAUCUGUUUGAAUAACCUACCUUUAUUCACUCGUAUAUCUUACACUAUUACAUUUAUAUAUAUUUACUGUACAUAUAUAUUUAUACUCAUCACAGUAAAAUCGAAACUAGUCAAAAGCAGCGAUAGCUGGCGUUACUAUUUUAAUCACACAUUAUGUUAUUUUAUAUUUUAUACACACAUGUACGCACCCGUAAAGUAAUAUUAAUAUCUUACUUUAUCAUUUAUAUUCAUGUGUACAUCAUUAUUAUUGUUGUUGUUGUAUGUUUUUUACUCGUAGAUUAAUAGGUUAGGAAUCGUCUUACGUAUAUAUUAUCAUAUUAUAUUGUACUAUAAUCCUACACGCAUAUUCUUAUGGUUUACGUAGUAAUUAGUUAAAAUAUUUGAAGAGUUCGUAAGACGCUUUGUGUCGGUUGUUAAUAAAGAUUUAUACGUAAUAGUUUA